GCAGAGGUUGUGACUCCACCGAGGUCACACAGGUAGGAAGUGUCAGAGCUAGUAUUGGAACCUCUGCCCUCUGACUCCAGAUCCAGUCUGGAUCUACCUCACAUGCUGCCGCCUCCACAAGAAAGUAAUAAAGAAACAGAUGCUGAGGAAUCUGUUCUUGGGGCAUAGAACACUACUCUCUUGCAGUUGGAGUAGAAUCUCCCUUUUGAAGAAGUAUCUAUUCACAAUGAAAGUAGAGUCACCAGAAUUUCAGUCCCUUUUUACAGAAGGACUAAAGAACCUGACAGAGUUAUUCAAUAAAGAAAAAUAUGAAUUAAGAAUAGCAGGAGGAGCUGUGCGAGAUUUAUUAAAUGGAACAAAACCGCAAGAUGUGGACUUUGCUACCACUGCCACUCCAGUUCAAAUGAAAGAGAUGUUCCAGGCUGCUGGGAUUCGUCUGAUCAAUAACAAAGGAGAAAAACAUGGAACUAUUACCGCCAGACUUCAUGAAGAAAAUUUUGAAAUCACGACACUAAGGAUUGAUGUCAUUACAGAUGGAAGGCAUGCAGAAGUGGAAUUCACGACUGAUUGGCAGAAAGACGCUGAGCGGAGAGAUCUCACCAUCAACUCCAUGUUUUUAGGUUUUGAUGGUACCCUCUAUGACUACUUUAAUGGCUAUGAAGAUUUGAAAAAUAAGAAAGUUAGAUUUGUUGGAAACCCUAAAGAGAGAAUUCAAGAGGAUUAUCUUCGAAUUUUGAGAUAUUUCAGGUUUUAUGGAAGAAUAGCAGAUAGAUCUGGUUCUCAUGAUUCAAAGACUUUGGAAGCAAUUAAAGAAAAUGCAAAAGGUUUGGCUGGAAUUUCUGGAGAGAGGAUUUGGGUGGAACUGAAAAAAAUUCUUGUUGGUAACCAUGCAAAUCAUUUGGUUCAUCUUAUGUAUGAUCUUGAUGUGGCUCAUUACAUUGGUUUACCUGCUGCUGGGAGUUUAGAGGAAUUUAACAAAGUCAGCAAAAAUGUUGAAACUCUUUCUCCUAAGCCAAUGACUCUUUUGGCCUCAUUAUUGAAAGUACAGGAUGAUGUUAAAAACCUUGAUUUGAGAUUGAAGAUUGCAAAAGAAGAAAAAAAUCUUGGCUUGUUUAUAGUGAAAUAUAGGAAGGAUUUAACUAAAGCUGUUGAUAGUUCAGAACCACUGAAACCAUAUCAAGAUUUUGUUUUAGAUUCUAGGGAACCUGAUAUACUUACUCGGAUUUGUGAACUGCUCAAAUACCAAGGAGAGGUGGGUCUUCUCAAUGAAAUGCAACAGUGGUCUAUCCCUCCUUUUCCUGUCAGCGGCCAUGAUGUAAGAAAAGUUGGUAUUUCUUCUGGAAAAGAAAUUGGGUUAAUAUUACAGCAGUUGCGAGAACAGUGGAAGAAGAGUGGCUACCAGAUGGACAAGGAGGAACUUCUAAGUUCCAUAAAGAAGGCCUGAAAAUGAUUGGAGGGCUCUACCUGGAUAAUCUCUAAGGUCCUUUCAGGCUUGCCAUCGCAAGAAACCUUUGACAUGAAAUGAAUGGGGCUAAGAAGCAACACUCUUGAUAAAAAGCCAUUAGAAGAAAAGCCCAUUUGGGGGACUUAUGAAAACUUUGAAGUUUUUAUAUUUUAAGUUUGAUGCACAAAUCUCAAACUUACUUAAUGGGACUGUUCCAGUCAUUGAACAGAAGUGCCUAGACCACCAUUUGUUUCACAUUUUAAUGGUAAAUACAAACUUAUUAACAUAGA